UUCCUCCCUCCCUCCAUUCUCCUUGUUAGCUUCUUUGGCUUCAGACACUUUAAAUAGACCCAGACAUCAAGACUGAUGUCUCCUCGGUUGCCUGGGGUCUGUUUCUGGAUUCUCAAGCCACCAGUUUGCUGCAGACCUUCCUGUGGAGAUCUGGAAUCCUUCUGUCCCCCAUCUACUGGGGGUCCUGUGGUCCUUCUUCUCUCUCAAUAAAUUUCACUUCUUCUUUAAAGAGCACCUUUUUAAAAAAGCCUAUUAGCACCAUGCCUGGCUCCAAACGUUCUCGGAAACCUGCCCCAACUUCUGAAAAGGCUCGUCCAAAAGGAGAAGGGUUGACUCCAUACCAAGGGAAGAAACGCUGCUUUGGAGAAUACAAGUGCCCCAAAUGCAAGAGAAAAUGGAUGAGCGGGAACUCAUGGGCCAACAUGGGACAAGAAUGUAUCAAGUGCCAUAUCAAUGUUUAUCCUCACAAGCAGAGACCCUUGGAAAAACCCGAUGGACUGGACGUCUCGGAUCAAAGCAAAGAACACCCUCAGCAUCUCUGCGAGAAAUGCAAAGUCCUGGGCUACUACUGCCGCCGUGUGCAAUAAAGAAACCCACGGAGACUGGGGUCUACCACCACAGAUCCUGUGGUGGUAAGCCAAAAGGGAAAGAGGAAGAGCCGUCAUCU